AGCUGUAAGUGACGGGGAAAUGGAGCAGGGGCAGGCUCUGCUCACAGACUAAGGGUUUACAGCGGGGGACGCGGCGACAGGCAUAGGCAGCAGCUUUUAGUUGUGUCGCUCUCCCCACCCCGGGAUAUCCUCUCGAAAGGCAGCGAAAUGUUUGCCUGGACCGUGCUGGCGUUGUCAGCCGCGAUCGUCCUGCGAGCAGCGCAAUCCUACAAGCCGGUCAUUGUGGUGCACGGUUUAUUUGACAGCCCAGGAGAUUUCAAAUUGUUCCAAGGUUUCAUCAAUGAGACACAUCCAGGUACCAACGUGACUGUCAUUGACCUGUUUGAUCACACACAGAGCCUGAAGUCACUAUGGAGUCAGGUGGAUGGAUUCAAAGCAGCCAUCUAUCCCAUCAUGCAGAAUGCAGCGAAUGGGGUUCACAUGAUCUGUUACUCCCAAGGUGGCCUGAUCUGUCGAGGUAUCCUCUCCACGAUGCCAGACCACAAUGUGGACACCUUGAUAUCCCUGUCCUCUCCUCAGCUUGGCCAGUAUGGAGAUACCAAUUACCUGAAAUGGCUUUUUCCAAAUUAUGUGAAGUCCAAUCUCUACCACUUCUGUUACACACAAAUCGGACAGUGUUUCUCCAUCUGUAAUUACUGGAAUGAUCCUCAUCAUCACAAACUUUACCUCAAUAACAGCAACUACCUGGCCUUCCUCAAUAAUGAGAGGGAAAAUCCGAAUGCUACAGAAUGGAAGAAAAAUUUUCUGAGGAUCAAGAAGCUUGUUCUGAUUGGUGGACCAGAUGACGGGGUGAUAACUCCAUGGCAGUCAAGUCAGUUUGGAUUUUACGAUGAGAACGAGACAGUGAUAGAAAUGAGACAACAGCUGGUUUACAUCAAGGACUUGUUUGGCUUAAAAAGUCUGGAUAACCAGGGAGCCAUUCACACCUUUACAGUGAACAAUGUGCAUCACACCAAAUGGCACUCCAACCGCACUGUAUUCGACAAUUACAUUCUCAAAUGGCUCACGUAAAAGACGUUAAGCAGGAUAUCCAUGUUGCAAAGGACAGGCGAACUGUGAACUUGGAGUGUGCAACAACCAAACUGAACCUUGGAAAGAUGGGUACUCUGCAGGGGAUGGGGGAAACUCUCCAAAUCUGGGAGGUUUCCUGGGGUGCCCUCUGGUUAAAUGCAUUGACAAUCAACAGUGGCCGCUGAUCAGGGGGGACCGAUGUCAUCAGUGCUGAUUCCAACAGCCUUGGAGUGAUGGG